AUGGCGUUUCAGAAGGCAGUGAAAGGAACUGCUCUCAUUGGAGGAGGUGCCAUAGCAACAGUUUUUGGCCUCUCUCAAUUUGCUCAGUAUAGAAACAAACACGUAAGUGGGCACAGCCACGGCACUGGUGUACUCCAGGCACACUUCAGUGCUGUCUUCCAGGAAACAGAUUUCAUUGGCGUGGCUGCUCCUUGCAGUAGAGCCGGAGUCACCGCGCUCUUUGACUUGCUUCUUGAUGCAGGAGCCAAGGAGAAAGCGGGUACCUUUGUGCAUGCUCAAGCCGCAGAAGCCGUGACUGUCCCAGUAAAGAACCAUUUCCCUAUCCUUGUUAUAGGCGGAGGAGCAACAGGAUGUGGCUGUGCUUUAGAUGCAGUCACGAGAGGACUAAAAACAGCCCUUCUAGAAAGAGAUGAUUUCUCAUCAGGGACCAGCAGCAGGAGUACUAAAUUGAUCCACGGUGGAGUGAGAUAUCUUCAGAAGGCCAUCAUGAAGUUGGAUUUUGAGCAGUACAAGAUGGUGAAAGAAGCACUUGAGGAGCGUGCAAAUCUGCUUGAAAUUGCUCCUCACCUAUCAGCUCCUUUGCCAAUAAUGCUGCCCGUUUACAAGUGGUGGCAGUUGCCGUACUACUGGUUUGGAAUAAAACUAUAUGACCUCGUGGCUGGAAGUCAAUGUCUGAAAAGUAGUUAUGUCCUUAGCAAAGCAAGAGCCUUGGAGCUCUUUCCCAUGCUACGCAAAGAUGAGCUUGUCGGAGCUAUUGUCUACUACGACGGACAGCACAACGACGCGCGGAUGAACCUCGCCAUCGCCCUCACCGCCGCCCGCUACGGCGCUGCCACCGCCAAUUACGCUGAAGUGCUGCGCCUGCUCAAGACGACGGAUCCGGCCGGCGGGAAGGAGCGCGUGUGCGGGGUGCGCUGCAGGGACGUCCUAACAGGGCAGGAAUUUGAUGUCAAAGCCAAAUGUGUUAUCAAUGCCACGGGACCUUUCACAGACUCUGUGCGCAAAAUGGAUGAUCAGGAGGUACCAAACAUCUGUCAGCCGAGCGCGGGCGUGCACAUCGUGAUGCCCGGUUACUACAGCCCUGAUAACAUGGGUCUGCUUGACCCAGCCACCAGUGACGGCAGAGUGAUCUUCUUUCUGCCAUGGGAGAAGAUGACUAUCGCGGGGACCACGGACAGCCCGACGGAUGUUACUUCCCAUCCGAUACCAACGGAAGAGGAUAUAAACUUCAUUUUGAAUGAAGUGCGCAACUACCUUAGCGUUGAUGUUGAAGUGAGAAGAGGAGACGUGUUGGCAGCGUGGAGCGGCAUUCGUCCUCUGGUCACAGACCCCAACUCCAAAGACACGCAGUCAAUAUCCCGGAAUCACGUCGUUACCAUCAGCGAUAGUGGCCUUGUCACCAUAGCAGGUGGGAAGUGGACAACCUACCGUGCCAUGGCGCAGGACACCAUUGAUGCAGCUAUUCAGGCGCAUGGUCUGAAGGCAGGUUCCAGUAAGACCAUUGGACUGCAGCUACAAGGGGCUGAGGACUGGAGUCCCACUCUCUACAUUAGGUUGGUCCAAGACUAUGGACUUGAAAGUGAGGUGGCUCAGCAUCUAGCUUCAACAUACGGUGACAAGGCUUUUGAGGUGGCCAAAAUAGCCCAAGUUACAGGAAAGAGAUGGCCUAUCGUUGGAAAACGCCUUGUAUCUGAAUUCCCUUAUAUUGAAGCUGAGGUUGUCUACGGUGUUAAAGAGUAUGCCCGCACGGCGGUCGAUAUGAUUUCCCGAAGAACUCGCCUGGCCUUUCUGAACGUGCAGGCUGCUGAGGAAGCCCUGCCAAGAAUUGUAGAUAUAAUGGGGAAAGAACUUAACUGGAGCGAACAGAAAAAAAAGGAAGAACUUGAAGCUGCUAAAAGAUUUCUCUAUUAUGAAAUGGGCUACAAAGUAAAAUCCGAUCAAUUAACAGACAGCUCUGAAAUCAGUCUAGUGCCUUCAGAUAUUGAAAGGUAAGUAAAGNNNUUCCACAUGUUUGACAAGGACAAGAAAGGGUUUAUUACUAUACUGGAUGUGCAGCGUGUCUUGGAGAGCAUCAGCGUGCAAAUUGCUGAAAAUACACUUCAUGAUAUUCUCAAUGAAGUGGAUCUGAACAAAAACGGGCAGGUGGAGCUCAUUGAGUUUUUGCAGCUGAUGAGUGCUAUUCAGAAGGGCCACGUGUCUGGAAGUCGGCUGGCCGUGCUCAUGAAGACUGCCGAGGAGAACCUGCGUCAGAGGGGGGUCAUUCCGGUGGACCGGAGCGGUGGUGGACUGUGA